UAAACAUGUUCAAAAUAUUUUGUACAGAAUAUUUAACGCAUAGUAUCACAUUGCUAAAUUAGUUCUGAAAAGAGAGCGAAUAUAAUGAAACCGCCUGUUCGCUUUAGUUUGAUAUUUGGUAUUUGGUGUUUGGUGUUCCGUGAUUCAUCUUCCAGUAGGCCACAAAAUGAUGAAUGUUACAUAAAGCCAGAAUGUCAAUACAAAGGAAAUAUGUGCGACGUGAACCCGAUAGAUUGUGAAUUUCAAAAAUUGUAUGAGGAAGGUUGCUUGGCAGCAUGUAAGGGAUUAUCCUAUAAACAACUUUACAAACCAAGACAAGAUGUGCAAUUCUGGGUAAAUACGACAAGGCCUUCAUGGUAUGCCAAGAACCUAACAUUUACCAUCGUAUCAAUUAUAAAAAACAACUGGACAACAAUUCCCGAUUGUUGUGGAGUAAAAUGGAACGAGUUUUGCACUUUGCCACGUAUGGCCGAAGAAGAAGUAUUCAUGAUCAUCAUACCACUCAUUAGAGACACGUUUUGUUACUUCGAAAUACAGGAAUUCAACAUCGAAACAACUUCGCAUGAGUGGUGUGACGAUGUGGUGAAGGUAGAAUGUCUCUAUGAAGUAAGUGGGGAAAUAUAUUUCUUGAAAAAACAUGAGGAUGCCAGCACGGACAGGUUCCAACUCAAAGCAGAACGUUACUGCUUUUUCGAAGCUGCGAAAUCUUAUCUUGCGUAUGGUCGACACUAUGAAGACAAUGAGUUUGUAACUGGCAUUAAAAAUUUCACGUUGAUUGAAACGACUGAAGAAGUUGAAUGGGAAAAUAAUUCAAUCAAUUGUACAAUAAAUGGAAAAGUUUCUGAUAUCGAAUCUUUGCUGCAUAACAAAACUACUAAGAAAGGAAAUGCUUUGUGUUGGUUCUUAAAGGUGUCUGGUGUGUGGAAUCCUACUUCAACUUGCAAACUACUCACGGCGAUAUCUGAUGAUGAAACAUCAACAACCAAACUAAUUAUUGUUAUUGGGGUUGUUGUCGCCGUUGCCCUUCUCAUAUUUAUCAUCAUUUUCUUCUGGUUAUAUAAAACCAAAAUACAGAAAUGCUUUCCUUCCUACAAGGAAACUCAAAGAGAAAUAUCCGAAAAACAGCUGUUCGAAAUUGAAGAAAAGCAGAAUUUCUUGCCAGAUAAUACAGUUAUACGUAACCGUAGUGCAGGAGAGCAAGCUGACCAAAUUUGUUUCGCAGAUCAUCAACACGAAGAAAUCUGCAAAAUUACCAGAACAGAAGCAAAAACUGCGCGCCCUGCCAGCGAUAUUCGCAAUGAGGUUGACUCUGGAUUUGGCAACGACUUGGAUUACAUAUCGCCAACAGAUUUACAGAAUGGAGUCUAUUCUUUUUCGAAUCGAAAACAUAAUACAUCAUUUGAUCAGUCGAAUGAGAGCACAGUUGCAUUAAACCAUGAAACUGGAAAUUAUAUGGCUAUCCAUUCAUUUAAAAACAUAUCCUCGCUGGUCGACGAAGGUGAAACUAUAUCCCCUUCAAAUAUGGGUAAUUCUAAUGACCAAUAUGAUUCGGGAUUCGAUAAUAAAUAUGACCAAAUAUUAUCAAAAGAACCUCAACACAAACUAGAGGUGAAUAUGAACCUGGCAAGUACUUUUUCCAAUGAUGAAAACUUAAGUGUGCAUGACAAAGGUUUUCAAAUCAUAACGGCACCGGACCAAAAUAAGUUCGCGAAAGACAUAGAAGCUUUUCAAAUUUUGACCGAUUGUGAAGAACAAUACACUACAAAAAAUGAAUUUCGAAACAGAAUUUCGGCGAAUAGACCCGAGACAGAGAUUCAAAAACGAUCAAUAACUGAUGACUUUGAUAUUGGAAAUACAGCUUCCAGUUUGCCACAACGAAGUUCCACUUCCAGCACCGACACUGAUUGUGGAUCAGAGAAAAGUAAUAAUAUUUUAUUUAAAAGAAAAUGUUCGAGCGAAAACGACAUUGUGCAAUACGUGAAAAUGUCAAGAGCAGAUACUGGGUUUGAAUCCGAAGAUUUAGAAAAUGAAGUGUAUGAUCAACAAGAUCAUGAGAUACACCUCAUUGACGAUGGUUAUAUGAGCAAAGAAAUGAAGCCAUAUGAAGGAACGUCAUUCCGAGCUUAGAAAGUGAAAAAACCAAGAACUAUUCAGUUUGAUACAAUAACUUAGCUUGUGGUUAUUUGAUUCCCGUUAACAAAGAAAAUAUGUUUCAUUACAAAUUCAGCGGUGAUUACUUUAUAUUCAAACCAGAAUAAGUGAGGGAGGCAUUUGAUUGUACUGGUUACCACUUCCUUAUAAUCUGUAAAAUGUAGACGCAUAUCGAAAUGCAAACGCGUGCAUACUGAGUGAAUUGCUAAAAAACAACAGUGAGUAACAAACAGAAAGACUGCAUUGAUCUGCGCACGUACAAGCAACGCAUCGGUUGUUUUUGAAUCACCGCUCAAAACCAUCGGAAAUGCGUCAAUAUCGUACUCUUCCCCAUUUCUGUAGAUUUUAUUAUUCCUAACACGUUUAUAAACUGCUUGUAACUCAGUAAGUUUGAUUGUUUUGGGGUGCGAAAGUAGUGUUUGGAACGAUACUCUUAAUGUGACAAUGACAUGAAGUGCGAAAUUUAAAAAUAUCAGUCUUCUAAUUCAAAUUUAUUAUUUGGAUCUGUUUUUGAGUUUCGUAUAUUUUAACCAGCAGAAUUCCUCGAAUUUAUUAUGCAAAUUAUUUUCAAGAUGUAACAAAAUGACUCCAUGUAAUAGUCUUAUUUACGUGACAUCAAUCAAUCAUAAUUUUUAAUUGCUUUCAUUCGUUCUGUAUUUAAAAUUGCAUAGAUAGAUUAUCUGUAAAUUCAUGAGACAUGACAUACUAUCAUCAUUUUGCUCUGAUAAAAGCUGAGUCAAUGCAGUAAAUUGUACCGGUGUAUUAUUCUUCGUUUAUACACACUUCAAUGGAAAUGUCUGGGAAUUUUUCUAUUUCCCGUUCCAGCGGACUUUUCUCAAAAUUUUAUUCAGACAAUACUUUUAUUACAGUACAUCGCCAGUGCAUCACCUGCUCAAGAAGGCGGAAACAGUUACUCUCAUGUUGGUGUUAUACACAACUACCCGUCAUCUAAUACAUUUGCGCAAUGAUUGAUUGAUAAUGAUUUUACAAUGAUAUUUUUAUUUGAGAUUUCCCUAAUCGCAUUCCGAAAAUAUUGUUUGUUGACGCUCACGAUUCAGACAUUUUGUUUGUAGCCAAUUUCUGAGUUAUUUGUACCGUUUUUUUUUAACAUUUUUGUGCACAUAAUGUGUGAAUCAUUAUUAUAAGGUGUGACGCGUGGAAAAGAAAAUAAGAGCAUUUACAAUUCUUCAAGCCAUUUUGUUUUGUUUAUUAUAUCUAGAUAUUUAAAAACUUUGAUAUUUCAAUCUUAGUGCAAAUACCAAAUUUUCCCAUCGUGCUGACAAAGGUUUUUGUCGAAUCGCUAAUGUUGUUUUAUAUGGAUGAAUGAUAUACAUCGUCGGGGACUUAGCUUAGAAACUAUGACGCUCAAAUAUUAUAUUAAUCUUUUUACAUUUAAUACACACGGUUUCCACAUACACUAAUCAGUAUAUUCCUACUCUAGAUUUAUUUUAUCCUAUAUGCACGUGUACAGUUGUGAGCGCUUCAAAACAAAUAGCAUGAAAUGUAGAUGUAAUUUCAUUUAGUUUAUUUAUUUUUUUGUUUGUUUUCAAUAAAACACGAUUUUAACAAUAGU